GCGAGAGGUGGAUGAUCCGGAUGUUGAUUAGUGAUGCCUGAUCGGGGCACACCACGCUGUUGUAGAAAUGGACGCGUUCGAGUUGUUUCGGAAACUCGGAGUUGGGGCUAGAUUUGACCUGAAGAGGUUUGGUCAGGACGCCGCUCGGUUUAAGCCCGUGAGGAGUCACUCAGAAGAAGCUUCUCCCGAUCCUCUCUCUGCGAUUGAUUAUUUUGCCACUGCCAAUGGAGCCCAGAGCUGGACCCAGGCACAGGAGGAAGAGGAGGGCAGGGAAGAAUAUGAGGGAAGUGAAGACGGAGAUUCCGACAUAGGAGGCAAAAGAAAGCGCAAAGAGGAGGAGAGAGAAGUGAGGACCAAAAAGAAGAAGAAAAAGACCAAAAGCAACCAAGCGGAGGUGAAAGCUGGCGGUGAACUGCUGAAAGAGACGCAGGGAACUGGCAUCACCUGGACCUCUUCUUUGGACAGAAAGAUCCAAAACCUGCCGAGUGACGGGAAGGAGAAAUCUUCGUUGAAGAGGCUGAAGCAUCUUCAUCAGGAAAAGGUCAAUCGUAUUCGCGCCCAAAACCGCAUAAAUGUGCACGGCUGUGACAUACCUGACCCUGUGUGCACAUUCGAGGAGCUGCUGUCCGAGUAUCGCCUCAACCCGCGUGUCCUUCAGAACCUCAGAGACGCCGGGCUCAGUUCCCCAACGCCGAUACAGAUGCAGGCGAUGCCCCUCAUGAUGCAUGGUCGGGAGCUGCUGGCCUGCGCUCCCACGGGAUCUGGGAAGACUUUGGCUUUCUGCCUCCCACUGCUCGCUCAGCUGCAGCAGCCAGCCAAUCAGGGCUUCAGAGGUGUGAUCAUCUCCCCAACCAGAGAGCUGGCCAGCCAGACCUACAGAGAGCUGCUCCGUCUGUCAGAGGGAGUCGGGUUUAGAGUUCACAUCAUAGACAAAGCGUCACUAGCGGCUAAGAAAUACGGACCACAGUCAAACAAAAAAUACGAUAUACUCGUCAGUACUCCAAACAGACUCAUCUUCCUUCUCAAGCAGGAUCCUCCAGCUAUCGAUCUCAGCAGUGUGGAGUGGUUGAUUGUCGAUGAGUCCGAUAAGCUGUUUGAAGACGGCAAGACGGGCUUCAGAGAGCAGCUGGCCACCAUUUUUCUGGCCUGCUCCGGUCCAAAGGUGCGCAGGGCUUUCUUCAGCGCCACUUGCACGGCAGAUGUAGAACAGUGGUGCCGCCUGAACCUCGACAACCUGGUUUCUGUAAACAUCGGGCACAGAAAUACAGCUGUGGAUACAGUAGAUCAGCAGCUGCUGUUUGUCGGGACAGAGAAUGGCAAGCUUGUGGCAAUGAGGGAUAUCAUCAAAAAAGGCUUCCUGCCGCCCAUGCUGGUGUUUGUUCAGACUAUAGAAAGGGCACGGGAGCUUUUCCAUGAGCUGGUGUAUGAAGGCAUCAACGUGGAUGUAAUCCACGCAGACCGCACACAGCAGCAGAGAGACAACGUGGUGAACAGUUUCCGCUCCGGGAAGAUUUGGGUGUUGAUCUGCACCGCUCUGCUCGCCAGAGGAAUCGACUUCAAAGGCGUAAACCUCGUACUCAACUACGACUUCCCUACCAGCGCUGUGGAGUACAUCCAUCGCAUUGGUCGUACUGGGAGAGCUGGACACCAGGGGAAGGCCGUCACCUUCUUCACAGAGAAUGACAAACCUCUGUUGCGCAGCAUUGCUAAUGUUAUAAAACAAGCGGGCUGUCCUGUACCAGACUACAUGGUUGGUUUCAAGAAAAUACACAGCAAAGUAAAGCGGAGACUUGAGAAGAAACCUCCCAAGAGAAGCACCAUUUGCACAACUCCUCGCUUCUUAAUGAAGACCAAAGGCAAAGAUCAGAAAAAAGGAAACAAGCGAGCAGCAAAAGGAGAGCAGAAAGGAGAAAACAGAGCUCAAACAACAUCACACCAGGAGAAAGAGGAAAAGAAGACAAAAGGACAGGGGCUGAAGAAAGGAAAUAAAACACAGAAAGAAGGAAAAGAAAAACACAAGAAAGUGUCUCAGAAAACAACAACAGAGACUUCAGGAACCAAGUUACAAAGGAAAAAGGGGAAGAAAACUAAGCUGAAGGCAGACUAGAGGAGUGCGAUGCAGAUGGACUGAUGAGAAGAUGCAUUUGCAGUCUGAUUUAUUGCCAACCUUUACAUUUCUGCUUUGUAAUAUGAGAGUAUAAAAUAAACUUUUAUAUGUGUAUAAACUUUUUUUGGCAUUUUAUUACAUUUGCUCACCUGACUGAACAGAAUUUUGUAUAUUUGUUAAUAAAGAUGAUGACUGUGAAAGUACAUUAAAUAGAAACUGGGUAUUUUUGAUUAGAAAUAAACUAUAAACUGUAAGUUAUUGUACUCUUGAGGGCCAGCUAUAACAGACGGUGCCCUAAAAUGUACCAUUUCUGUUCAACCCUUCACCAGACUUUUUUUUAGUGUUCGAUUAAUACUUUAAGGGAAACUUAAAAAAAAUGGGUAUUCAUACACACAGAUAUAAUAACUGUUAUUAAAUCAGGCGGAAUUUCUUUAUAAAUAUAAAUGUCUUUAUAUAUAAAAUUUGAAAUAUAUUUCUUGCCAGUCCAAACUGUUGAAACCUAACUGAAACCUAUUUUCCUUCAAUAAUUACACAUACAGCACUGUAACAACAGUCUGGUGCUUAAAGAGAGGGGAGAUAUGUUUAUCUAAUUACAUAAUUAUUUUUUCAUGAAUUUAUAUACAGAAAGAAAAGAUUGUUGUGAUAAAUUUGAGAGCCAUGCAAACAAAGUAUUUUCGUAGCAACUUUUCAUCAAUGUGAUAGCAAAAAAGCAAAUUUCCGAACUAUCGCGAUACAUUUGCUAUGAGAUCUCGCCCAUGCAAUAUACCGCAGGAAACCCCGUUCAGUCUUCCUUUCUCAACAUGGCACCGAAGGUGAAGAAGGAAGCUGUCCCUGCCAAGACUGAGGCCAAGUCAAAGGCUCUGAAGGCCAAGAAGGCUGUGCUGAAAGGCGUACACAGCCACAGGAAGAAGAAAGUCAGGACUUCUCCCACCUUCCGUCGCCCUAAAACCCUCCGUCUCCGCAGACAGCCCAAAUAUCCCCGCAAGAGUGCUCCUCGCAG